CCAAUAACAAAACGAACAAGACUCAACGAGACUGGCGUAAGGACACAAAUAAAGCGUUCGAUGUUCAACUCAGAUUUUGGUUUUACAGAGCGGGAAUCUGGACAGACUGGUUAGUUUCGUAACCCAGGAAUGUAAUCCGCACAGUUCACGAGGGACGGGAUCGAUGCAGACGUUCGCAUCGCAAGGAAUGAUUACUUAAUCAUUGGCUGCUUGUGGCGGAGAAUUGACCUUACAUCAUGGAGGCCAUAGUGGACUUUCUUAACAUAUUGCACCUGGAGGCAAGCGGAUUAUCUCUGACACUUGGCCUUAUCUUCCUGGCUCUGCUGUACUGGUAUUCAAUGUACCCCUUUUCAGUCCUCACUCGAUGUGGAAUCAAACAUCCAAAACCAGUCCCCUUCUUUGGAAAUCUAUUCCUCUUUCGUCAGGGUUUUUUCCAACCCCUGCGUGACCUCAUAACGACACAUGGUCGAGUUUGUGGGUAUUAUUUAGGAAGGAGAGCAGUGGUGGUCGUGGCAGACCCGGACAUGCUCAGACAAGUGAUGGUGAGGGAGUUCAGCAGCUUUCCAAAUAGAAUGACUAAUCGCUUUGCCAACAAGCCUAUGAGCGAUUGUCUGCUCAUGUUGAAGAAUGAGCAGUGGAAAAGAGUCCGGAGUAUACUGACUCCAUCAUUUAGUGCUGCCAAAAUGAAAGAGAUGGUUCCACUGAUCCAAACAGCCACAAGUGCCCUGAUGAACAAUUUGAACGUCUAUGCUGAGUCAGGGGAAGCCUUCGACAUUCACAGGUGUUUCGGCUGCUUCACUAUGGACGUAAUCGGCAGUGUGGCGUUUGCAACUCAGGUGGACUCUCAAAAUCACCCAGAUGACCCAUUUGUCCGCCAUGCUCAGAUGUUCUUCUCAUUUUCAUUCUUCAGGCCCAUCAUGCUUUUUUUCAUUGCUUUUCCGCACAUCCUGGCUCCACUGAUGGGAGUCAUUCCCAACAAACGCCGCCGCCAAAUGAAUGAGUUCUUCAUCAACAGCAUUCGGGGAAUCAUUAGGCAGAGGGAGCAGCAACCUCCUCAGCAGAGGCGGCGGGAUUUUCUUCAGCUGAUGUUGGAUGCGCGCAGCAGCAAGGAGGGCGGGUCUUCGGAACACAGCACUGAGUCUGAUCAAAGGACUCCAGAGUCUACUCUUCACCUUUCCGAGUCGUCCGGCCGGCGUCCGUCGAAAAAGGUGAUAACAGAAGAUGAAAUUGUAGGCCAAGCUUUCGUCUUCCUGCUUGCUGGCCAUGAGACCAGCAGCAGCACGCUGGCCUUCACCUGCUACCUGCUGGCAAUCCAUCCAGAGUGUCAGUGCCGAGUGCAGGAGGAGGUGGAUGACUUCUUCAGCAAAUAUGAAUCCCCUGACUACACUAACGUCCAGGAGCUGAAAUAUUUAGAUAUGGUUGUAUGUGAAGCAUUGCGUCUCUAUCCUCCUGGAUUCAGGUUUUCUCGGGAAAUCGAGCAGGACUGCGUGGUGAAUGGAGUGUGCCUCCCAAAAGGAGCCUUGUUGGAGAUCCCAGCGGGUUUCCUUCACUAUGAUCCAGAGCACUGGCCCGAGCCGGAGAAGUUCAUCCCCGAGAGAUUCAUCCCUGAGGCUAAAGCCAGCAGGCACGCGUUUGUGUACCUGCCUUUCGGGGCUGGGCCCCGCAACUGCGUGGGCAUGAGGCUUGCCCAACUGGAGAUCAAGAUGGCUCUGGUCAGUCUCUUCCACAAGUUCAACAUCAUAACCUGCUCUGCCACAAAGGUUCCGCUUGACUUGAAGUCAUCAAGCACCCUGGGACCCAAAAACGGCAUUUUUGUUAAGAUCACAAGAAGGGACGAGGGUUGACAUCUGAAACAGAGAUGAUUUGUACUUGGCAUCUCUGAAUUGAACUGCUACUUUCAACAUCAAAUAUACAUAUUUCUGUACAGUAUAUAUAAACUCAAAGACAUCACACGCUAGUCAUUCGGUUAAUCAUAGGAAGACUUUGUCGCUGCUCCACAAGUCAUAACUUUGACUCUUUAUGCUGGAAAAAAUAAGUUCAUCAGAGGAUUAAUAGAUGGACUAAUAAAGCGGA